GGCACGGAGCUCCAGUGCUGGCUGCCGGAUCGAGCCCCCUUCUCCUGCCGCCGCCCCCUGCCAGCUGCCCCUCGAAGCCCUGGCGGCGGGUCCGCCCGGCCAUGAGCAGCAGAUGGAGCGCGCAGGGAGCCCGCGGCGGGCUGGGGUGCUAAGUGCCCCCGAGGUGCCUUGAGGAGUUGUUGCGGCGGCGGCGGCAGCGCGGAGCAGACUCCAGCUGGGACCCCCCCCCCUCCAGUGCUCCCUGGGCCGUCCCCAUCCCCUCCUCCUCCUCCUUUCUCCUUUCCUCUCUCCCUGGGCCGGAUCCUGCCCCGUCCUCACACGACGACCCUCUCUCCUGCCGAAGGAUGGCUUUAUGGCAGCAGCUGGGAGCCGGUGCCCGCCUGGGCACAAGACUAUGGCAUGUCCUGCUGGCUGGCACGAUCCUCACUAGCCACAUUCAUCCCAACGGUGCCCAGCAGAGUGCCACAGUGCCCAUCCCUGUGCCUGGCUCUUCCUCCGACCUGCUCCCUCACUUCCUGCUGGAACCGGAGGAUGUUUACAUUGUCAAGAACAAACCGGUGACACUGGCCUGCAAGGCCACGCCUGCCACCCAGAUCUACUUCAAGUGCAAUGGCGAGUGGGUGCAUCAGGGCGACCACAUCAUACAGCGCAGCAUGAACAAAACCACGGGCCUGCCCCUCAUGGAAGUGCGGAUCGACAUCUCACGGCAACAGGUGGAGAAGAUCUUUGGCUUGGAAGAGUACUGGUGCCAGUGUGUCGCCUGGAGCACGUCUGGCACCACCAAGAGUCAAAAGGCCUACGUGCGCAUUGCUUAUCUGCGAAAGAAUUUCGAGCAGGAGCCCCUGGCCAAAGAGGUCUCCAUUGAGCAGGGAAUUGUGCUGCCUUGCCGCCCUCCAGAGGGGAUCCCACCAGCUGAAGUCGAGUGGCUGCACAACGAAGACCUUGUGGACCCAGCACUGGACCCCAACUUCUACAUCACGCUGGAGCACAGCCUGGUGGUGAAACAGGCCCGCCUGGCGGACACGGGCAACUAUACCUGCGUGGCCAAAAACAUUGUGGCUCGUCGCCGCAGCUCCCCUGCUGCUGUCACUGUCUAUGUGAAUGGCGGCUGGUCGACGUGGACGGACUGGUCAGCCUGCAGCACCAGCUGUGGACGGGGCUGGCAGAAGCGGAGCCGGAGCUGCACCAACCCAGCACCACUCAACGGGGGGGCCUUCUGUGAGGGCCAGAAUGUGCAGAAAAGUUCUUGCGCCACCCUGUGCCCAGUGCCUGGCGGUUGGUCAACCUGGAGCAUGUGGUCAGUGUGUGGUGCAGACUGUACACACUGGCGAAGCCGUGAAUGCUCGGAUCCGGCGCCCCGGAAUGGGGGGGACGAGUGCCAGGGGCCUGAACUGGAGACCCGCAACUGCACCAGCGAGUUAUGCACUCACGGAACGAAUGGCUCUGAGGAUGUGGCUCUGUAUGUGGGCCUGAUUGCUGUCGCUGUCUGCCUGGUGCUGCUGCUCCUAGUGGUAACCCUUGUCUACUGCCGCAAGAAGGAAGGGCUGGAUUCUGACGUGGCUGAUUCUUCUAUUCUCACUGCUGGCUUCCAGCCGGUCAGCAUCAAACCAACCAAAGCAGAUAACUCCCACUUGCUUACUAUCCAGCCUGACCUGAGCACCACCACCAUGACCUACCAGGGCUCGCUCUGCCCACGCCAGGAUGGACCCAGCAAGUUCCAGAUUGGCAAUGGGCACCUGCUGAGCCCCCUGGGCAGCGGGCGCCACACCCUGCACCACAGCUCACCCAGUGCGGACCCUGUGGACUUUGUCUCUCGGUUCUCCACCCAGAGCUUCUUCCGCUCCUUGCCCAGGGGUGGUGCCAACAUGGCUUAUGGAACCUUCAACUUCCUGGGUGGACGUUUAAUGAUCCCCAACACAGGUGUCAGCUUGCUCAUCCCACCUGAUGCCAUCCCGCGAGGAAAGAUCUAUGAAAUCUACCUGACGCUGCACAAGCAGGAAGAUGUGAGGCUGCCCCUGGCUGGCUGUCAGACCCUGCUGAGUCCCAUUGUCAGCUGUGGGCCCCCAGGGGUGCUGCUCACCAGACCUGUCAUCCUAGCUAUGGACCACUGUGUGGAGCCAAACCCAGAGACCUGGAGUCUCCGCCUCAAGAAGCAGUCGUGUGAGGGCACAUGGGAGGAUGUGCUGCACCUGGGUGAGCCCGUGCCCUCGGAACUCUUCCACUGCCAGCUGGAACCCCAGGCUUGCUACAUCUUCACAGAACAACUAGGCCGCUUUGCUUUGGUGGGGGAAUCGCUCAGCAUGGCGGCUUCAAAGCGCCUCAAAUUGGUCCUUUUUGCACCCACUACCUGUACUGGGCUGGAAUAUGAUGUCCGCGUGUAUUGCCUCAGCGACACCCGUGAUGCACUCAAGGAAGUGGUACAAGUAGAGAAGCAGAUGGGGGGGCAGCUGAUUGGCGUGCCACGGAUCCUGCACUUCAAGGACAGUUACCACAACCUGCGCCUCUCCAUCCAUGAUGUGCCCAGCUCCCUGUGGAAGAGCAAGCUUCUUGUCAGCUAUCAGGAGAUUCCCUUCUAUCACCUUUGGAGUGGUCUGCAGCCUUACCUGCACUGUACCUUCACGUUGGAGCGACUUAGCACCAGCAUUUGCCAGUUGGCUUGCAAAAUCUGGAUCUGGCAGGUGGAGGGUGAUGGGCAGAGCUUCAAUAUUGACUUCAACAUUGCCAAGGAUGCACGGUUCUCAGACUGGCUGCCCCCAGACAAUGAGGCUGGCUCCCCUGCCCUCGUGGGCCCCAGUGCCUUCAAGAUCCCCUUCCUCAUCCGCCAGAAGAUCAUAAGCAGCCUGGAUGCACCAGGGGCCCGUGGGGCUGACUGGAGAGCAUUAGCCCAGAAACUGCACCUCGACAGCCAUCUAAGCUUCUUUGCUUCGAAACCCAGCCCAACGGCCAUGAUGUUGAACUUAUGGGAAGCCCGUCACUUCCCCAACGGGAACCUCAACCAGCUGGCGGCUGCUGUGGCGGAGGUGGGCAAGCAGGACAGCUCCCUCUUCAUGGUGUCGGAGGCUGAGUGCUAAGGCACUUGGUAGAGGCAGCACAGGCCUUUGCUGGGGGAUGGCAGAGGGCAUCUCCGCUUGAAGGAGGCAGUGUUCCCACACUUGUCCUGCUUUGAAUACGCCUGCGUGCUCCGUCCGAGGCAUCCUAGCCUCACGCCCUCUGUUCCUUGUGCCAAAUACAACUAGAAGGCAAGCACACCGGGCUCAGUCUCUAGUAGCCAUGGGGUGGUGGGGGAAACUACUGAAUGCCUGCCCUGCCACUGCCAUGGAGGCUCUGGGACUGGCCGAGGGAGGCUUGCCCCAUAUACUGCAGUAGGCUGGCAAUGGAUUCUGAUGUACUUCUGUUGGGCUUAGUCAUAUACCCAGGGCCCUCUUCUUCCCCAGCAUGGGAAGAAAGGGGAAGGGAGAUGGCUGGCUUGGUGCUUGUGGGGAGUGACCAGGACAAAAAGGUAAGCUUGGUCCUGGAGCCGAGAAGCCUGUGCCUCUCCCACUGCAGCCCCCGGAGCGUCCCAUGCUGCGAUGAAGCAGAGCCGGGAGGGGGGAUCCAACAGGUUGUUUCCAGAGCCAUCUCUGUAUAUUUUUGCUCCAGCCCAAGAGAUACCCGUGACUUGGUCAUAGUGGGCCGCCC